AUGUCUGGAACAGCUUCCUUCUCCAACGCAGGCAUCGAGAUACAAUAUCUCAACCAAUCAGCUAUCCCACGCUCGCCUUACACGCAAAAGAUGAAUCCCAUCUUCGCCGGUCUUAUUACACCCCCUGAAUCUCCCAUUCGAUACGUUCAGCGGAACUCUCUUGAUACCACCGCAGCUCAGUCACCAGCUCUCUCUCCGGCUCUGAGCUCUACGAACGAAGUCCAAAAGGCUGUGGAAGCUUUGUCUGUUGCUAUCAGAAAUGCAAGCGCUGAGCAAGAUGCCAAUUUCACCAAAGUACCAUCGACACCCGUGACUCCUGUCGACUUCGAUAACAUUCGCGAGGUUAUCUACUCAAUCGUCGAGAACACAGUAGAGGAGAAGAUGGCCGAUGCCAUUGGUCCUCUGCGAUUGAACAUCGGCAAGCUUGACGACUCUCUUGAGUUUAUUCGUCACCGAGAAAAUGCUCUGAAUGAUCUGGAAUCACAUCUCCGCCGCGAGCAUACUGACAUACGGGAUCAAAACGACACAAUGAGCCGUCAGCUUGAUCUUCACUACCGCACUGUUGAACAACACGUCGAGGAAUUCAGAUCCCAAUCCAAGACUAUAAACACCAUAAUCGGAGCUCAGGCUGACAAUGUUGCCGCCAGCAUUAACAUGGUCAACCACCUCUCCCAAGUUGUCACCAAUCUACCCCUUGCUAUCAACCAAGUCGUCCACAAUGCAGUUCAACAACAGACUCAGCUGGCUAUUCGAGACAUUAUGUUUGCUCAACAACAAGCCAUGUUCUCCGUCUCAGAUGUUUCCAGAACUCGGCAGUCAGUGUCUAGUGAUGGCGUCUCCAGUCAAUGCACUUGCAACCACCAUUGCUUGGAGAUUGAGUCUAUGGCAUCAACGCAACAUGGCAGUGGCUCACUCAAGCAUAUUUCUCCCAAUACUUCCUCCAAGUCAAAUCGCAGCUUCAGGUAUGCAUUGCGGAGGUUAUUCGGGUCUAACAAGUAA